UUCAAGUGAAGAGUAAAGACGCUUUCUUUAGAUUCAGAUAUUUGCCAUCUUACCCACUUCGUGGAUCGGCCAGAAUGGAGUCUAUGMCAGCGUGAUACUUGAAAACUACGGCAUUUAUUUUUUUUGUGUGUAAUGAACUGUGGUUGGAUAUUUUUCUUUUUUAAUCGGGAACGGAGCCAUGGGAGCAGAAGGACAAAGCCGGGGAAUACGGUCUUGGUGGGUGGCUGUCGGUGUUUCUGUAAUCCUCGGCUGCACGCCGCUAAUUUCGGCACAGAUAAAAUACUCAAUUCCAGAGCAAGCGAAUKUGGGAUCUGUUGUUGGGAAUAUUGCAAAGGACCUUGGUGUGGACMUCUCUACGYUGGAKGAGAGACAGWUUCGYAUUGUUUCAGGAGCCGAUGAUGUUCAGUUUAAAGUAAAUCCAAACAAUGGCGCUCUGUAUGURCAUGAAACAAUCGACAGAGAGAGAAUCUGUGAGAGUAUUUCCCCAUGUAUGAUUAACCUGAAGAUAGUAGCAGAAMAUCCGAUGGAGAUCCACUAUGUUGCAGUUGAAAUUACYGACGUAAAUGAUAAUUCACCGAUCUUUCARGAGAAAGAAAAAAUAUUCGAAAUUUMUGAGUCAACUCCGCCAGGAAAACGUUUCCAGUUACCCACUGCUCACGAUCCAGAUGUUGCUCUAAAUACGGUGCGUGUUUACAAACUAACCCAUAACGAACAUUUCAGUUUGCAAAUUAGAGAAAGAGGAGAGGAUAAAAUCCCAUUUUUGGUUUUGCAAAAAUCUCUUGAUCGAGAGAAAAACAACCAGCACAAACUGAUUCUGACAGCGUUAGAUGGUGGAAAUCCCCCAAGAACAGGCACCGUCAAUGUUACAGUUGUUGUUCUCGAUUCAAACGAUAACCACCCAACAUUCAGUCAAGAAGUAUACACGGUAACAAUUUCUGAAAAUACAAAAGUUGAUAUGACUGUUAUUACAGUUAAUGCAACAGAUCUAGACGAAGGUGCAAACGGAGAAAUUGAAUACAUACUUGGUGGUGAACUUGAUCCAAAAAUAUAUGAAACCUUUAGUUUAGAUAAAGUCACAGGUGAAAUUAAAGUAAAAGGAGGAAUUGACUUUGAAGAAGUUGAUGUGUUUAAGUUAGAUGUUCAGGCAUCAGACAAAGGACAUCCUCCAAUGAGCAGUGACUGCAGGGUGAUCAUCAGAAUCCUUGAUGAAAAUGACAACAAACCUGAAAUAGAGGUCACAUCUCUUUCUAAACAGGUUUCAGAGAACUCCAAACCUGGUACUGUAGUUUCCUUAAUCAGUGUAAUAGACAAGGAUUCAGGUUUAAACGGUAAGGUCAUAUGUAGUCUUUCAGAUGGCCUGCCGUUUGAUUUAAAACCAUCGUUUCAGGAUAAUAUGUACUCUUUAGUUUUAAAACAACAUUUGGAUCGAGAGUCAGUUUCACAUUAUGACAUCAUCAUAACAGCUACUGACAGUGGUCAGCCUCCUCUAUCUACAUUUAAAACUCUCAGUAUUGAUGUGUCAGACAUAAAUGAUAACACACCAGAGUUUUUACAUAACCCUGUUGAACUGUAUUUAUCAGAAAACAACGUGCCUGGAAACGUAAUAUUUUCUGUUUCUGCUUCUGAUAAAGAUGUGGCUGAAAAUGCGGCUAUAAGUUAUCAUUUAGCUCGAGAUGUGGGAACACAGUCCAAAAUUAUUGCCUUUCUAAACGUUAAUUCAGAAAAUGGAGAAAUAGCUGCACUUAAAAGUUUCGACUUUGAAACUCUGAAAACUUUCCAGUUCCAAGUUGUUGCCACUGAUUCUGGGACUCCGUCACUCAGCAGCAACGUCACAGUGAACGUCAACAGCUACUGUGAUUGUUAA